AGAGCCCUGUCUGCAUCCAUCGCAGAGAGGAGGCCCGUGUGGUGUGGGGCGGGCCAGGAGAAAGGAGAGGCCUUCCUCCCUUUGUGCUCCCCCCACCCAGCCCUAUAAAUAGGCCCAGCCCAGGCUGUGGCUCAGCUCUUGGAGGGAGUCGAGCACCAGGCAUCCAGCAGUUAAGUCAAGCCCCCUGCCAGCAUGGCCAGCGAAUUCAAGAAGAAGAUCUUCUGGAGGGCUGUGGUGGCUGAGUUCCUGGCCAUGACCCUCUUCGUCUUCAUCAGCAUCGGCUCUGCCCUAGGCUUCAACUACCCACUGGAGAGAAACCAGACACUGGUCCAGGACAACGUGAAGGUGUCGCUGGCCUUUGGUCUGAGCAUUGCCACUCUGGCCCAAAGUGUGGGUCACAUCAGCGGUGCUCACCUCAACCCAGCCGUCACACUGGGGCUACUGCUCAGCUGUCAGAUCAGCAUCCUCCGGGCUGUCAUGUACAUCAUCGCCCAGUGUGUGGGGGCCAUCGUUGCCACUGCCAUCCUCUCGGGCAUCACCUCCUCCCUAAUUGAGAACUCACUUGGCCGCAAUGACCUGGCUCGAGGUGUAAACUCCGGCCAGGGUCUGGGCAUCGAGAUCAUUGGCACUCUGCAGCUGGUGCUGUGCGUGCUGGCCACCACUGACCGGAGGCGCCGUGACUUAGGUGGCUCAGCACCCCUUGCCAUUGGCUUGUCUGUGGCUCUGGGACAUCUGCUGGCGAUCGACUACACUGGCUGUGGUAUCAACCCUGCUCGGUCAUUUGGGUCUGCUGUGCUUACCCGUAACUUCUCAAACCACUGGAUUUUCUGGGUGGGGCCAUUCAUUGGGGGUGCCCUGGCAGUGCUGAUCUAUGACUUCAUCCUGGCCCCACGCAGCAGCGACCUCACGGACCGCAUGAAGGUGUGGACCAGUGGCCAGGUGGAGGAGUAUGACCUGGAUGCUGACGACCUCAACUCCAGGGUGGAGAUGAAACCCAAAUAGAGGAGGCUUGGCCUAGGCAUCCAUAUGGGGGUGGGGCAGGGAUGGGCGGAGGGAGGGGAGGGCUGAAAUCUUAUUGUAGACACUCUGACAGGCUGACCAAAGACUCCCCAAGACCUGCCUGACCUGAGUGGUCCCGCCUUAUCUGGGGCAGCAUUAUCACUGUCUUUCUUUCUGUUUCCUGGUCUCCAAGCUUCCUGGGGACCAAGAUUUAUCAACUCAGCACCUCAUUCCAUUGACAUCAUGGAGGAGUGAAAGGGAGGGACCCAACUGCUAGUUGUCCCCUCAGAGUGUGCUAGGAAGUGCCCCUCAUCCCAAAGUUGCCCAGCAAGUCACCCGCCUUAGGUGCCUGGGAUUCUGCCAUUGUUGCUCCGUGCCUUUGAUCAUGGCCUUCCUUGAGUAGGCCUUCUGUCCCCAAAGGCACAUUGAGGGAGAGGAGGUCCCCUAACUUCUGCCUUUGGUCUGACUUACCUCCAGGACCCUUCCCCUUAGACUCACUAUAGGACCUUGAAAUUGUCCCUCUGCUGGGACCUCAGUGACCACAUCUGGAAAGUGGCAAAGAUGAGACAGCCAUGGACCCAAGUGUGGACAUGCCACAGGUUCUAGAAGGAACAGUCUAGAUAUCACUGCUUUGUCUACCUGGCCCGAGCUCUUUCCCAAAAUCCACAGCCAUGAGCACAUGUGGAUGAACUAGAAAGCAGAGAUGUAGUUCAGGAUGCUGGAAGUGCCUGUCACCCAGAGAGGCUUCCCUUAGGUAGGUUUGCUGUAGCAGAAUGAAGGCUGUUUUGUCGUGGAGGAAGAGCUCACACUCUAAUAUCUAGCUCUACUUGAUCUGCCCAUCUAGCAUGGCACUGACUGGGUAGUUUAUUUCAGUUCUCCAGUCCCUCUUGGAGUGUAGAUCUGGGGAAUGGGUUUGUUAGAGAGGAUUGAACUAGCUGCAACACCAUGUCUAAGGAGGGAAGCAGCGGAUGUGGAGCAGUCCGGAGACAGAUGCCCAUGCUGGGUAUGCAGGGGCUUGGGUGCCCCUAGUUCACAUCAUGAUGAAGGAGGCCACUCCUGCCCUGGCUUAUGAGCUCCUGGCCAGCUGCCUUUGGUCAGAGGCUGGACAACAUGAACAGGCUUACUGUGUGACCCUAGGCAUCAUCUUUCUUUAUUGACCUGAUGAAGCAGCUUCUGCUGCAGCCCAAGGACAGCUCAGAGUAGAGUUAGUUCAGGGGUUGGCAUCUUGAAUUCAGCUAAGUUAGUCCAUUCAAUCCCAUCAGGCCAGAGUUGCUCCAAUACCAUGCCAUUAACCAUGUUGUGAACAUAAACUGAGAGAUACAUUCUUCAGGUGCUUAGGAGCAACAGGACAGUCAGGAGGCCUGUGGCUGCAUACUCUUCUCCAUUCCCUAGCAGGCACUGUAGCCCACUUAACAGAUAAGGACACUGAGGACCCAUGUGCCCAACUAAGUCAUAUUGGGUCAAUCUUAGCAGCCAAGGCCAUGUCUGAUCACAUCGUCAAUGAAGUGGACUCCUCUCACCUCCAAUGUCUCAGUUUCUGCCUAGGUAAUAGCUCAGGGCUUGGGGUAGUGGUGAGGGAUAUGCUGGAGGGGGCGGGGCAGGCCCAUCCCACCUGGUUCUGACCACUAUGAUCAAAGACCCUGCAUCUGUCUGCUCUGUGUAUGUUUCUUUGCAAUUGAAAUUUCAUCUUAUGGUAAGAAAAUAAAGGAAUGACUUAUAAGGUC